AUGAAGGUUACAUUAUUUUCCUGUAUACUGUGCUGUCUGGGAGGCUGUGCCUUGAGUGCACCACAGUGGCCAGGAAGUGGGUCUGCAGGCUAUGGCUUCGCACCCUGGGCAGGAUAUGGAAACUACGCGUCAUCAUCGAGUGCCAGUGCAGCAGCCAGCAGCAGCAGCAGCAACAGUUUUCACGGCUAUGGUGCGCCAGGAUAUGGCUAUGGCUAUGGCUAUGGCUGGCCAGGAUAUGGUCAAGGAUAUGGAGGCCACAGAGGUGGCUACCAGCAGCAGUUCAAUCAGUAUCACUACAACGGGCACAACAGCUAUGGAUCUGGUCAUGGAUACGGCUACCCAUUUGGCUAUGGCAAAUAA